GGAAAAUGUCCGUGAGCUACCUGCUGGACACGGCCAUGUACGGCAACCCCGCGAGACACCUGAACCUCAGCCAGCCUCACCUGAACGUCUACCCGUCCGCCCCGUACCCGGACUACAGCGGAUACCAUCCGGGACCGGCGCUCGGCAAUGACCUGCAUCACACCGGCAGCUCAUGGAGUCCGGGGUUCGGGCCCGGUUCGCGCGAUGAUUGGCCCCCCCUGUACGGCCACGGGACGGGUCACUCUCUGCCGGCUAACGGGGUGGAGGUCAGCGUGCUGCCAUCUGUGGAUCAGGGGCUGCUGAGCGGAGCGCCGGUGGACAGAGAGGAGCCGCAGGACUGGAUGAGGCGCAGCGCGGUGCCGACCAACCCUGGAGGGAAAACACGGACGAAGGACAAGUACAGAGUGGUGUACAGUGACGUCCAGCGCCUGGAGCUGGAGAAAGAGUUUCAUUUCAGCCGCUACAUCACCAUCAGAAGGAAGGCGGAGCUUGCAGGAACACUCAACCUAUCAGAACGCCAGGUCAAGAUCUGGUUUCAGAACAGACGAGCCAAAGAAAGGAAGAUGAACAAAAAGCGUCUCCAGCAGGUUCAGCAGAGCUCCAGCGGUCUGGCAAACACCACCACGGUUAGCAGCUCCGACAGCGGCUUGAUGACAGACAAUAUCUCCAGCUCCAUCAAAGAGGAAUACUGAAAACUCUCAGAUUUCAGAGAAACAGUUCAUGUUUACACAGUUUCAGCGACACGGAGCAAUGGACCACUUCAUAUUGCACUAUAUUACACUAAUGACACGCAGUGUUGGGGGAAACGCAUUUCAAGUGAUGUGAGUUACUUUGUUAUAAUAUUACUUUUCUAAGUAACAAGUAAAGUAAUGAGUUACUAUUAAAGCUACGUAAUAAUAUUUGAGUUUUUCCCAGUACUGGGUUGCAGCUGGAAGGGCAUCCACUGCUUAAAACAUAUGACAGAAUAGUUGGUGGUUGAUUCCACUGUGGUGACCCCUGAUAAAUAAGGAAAAUAAUCCUCCGAGUUCUGAAAUAGAGGUAAGAAAAAGUAACGCGCAAAAUAACUCUAAAGUAACGCUUUCCUCACCAUACAAAGAACCUAAUGCUGUUUACACCAGACGCGGAACGCAUGAAAAAAAUCUCACUAUUCGCACGCAAGUUGCCACUUGAACAAUUGAGUUUAAUCGCUUGAUUCGUGCAUCAAAUCCGCUUCAUUCCCGUGUCAAAUUCACUUCAAAACAGACGCGGAUUCGCGUGUUGGGCAGGGCUUCUGUCUGCCCGGUGACUCUAGCUUCAUUGCUGAAUGGCUAACUUGGAUCUUAUGAAGGAAAUAACAGUGUUUAUGUGUUUUAUAAAGGCUGAAAAACAGCGUCGAUACAGUUAGGGUCGUGUCUGAGUCCACUACAUCCUUGGAGAGGUGCAUCCAGGUCUGUGAGCGCAUAAACUCCUCCAGAAACUGAACAUGGAUGACGGAGGUUUUCAGCUAUGCUUCUGACUGAGCCCAGCCCAGUUUGAUGAACUGUCGCCUGGAGGAUUUCCCCCGGAACACGGACAACAGGCGAUACGUCACAAUCACGCCCCCACAAGAGCAAGCUCCUGAUUGGUUAACACAGCGCAAAACGCUCAAUUGGCGCUGCACCAUUCACGUGUAUCGCGCUAUUCGCGCCGCACAAUUCGCGUCAUUCACACCGUGCCAUUCACGCGUAUCGUGCCGCAGGAUGUCUAUUUGCGCGUUUGCAUUGACUUAACAUGUAAAUCACUCGUGCUUGACGUGCGUUCCGCGUCUGGUGUGAACGCAGCAUCACACAACUAUAGUGUCUUCUUUGCAGAGUAACUCAAUAAUUUAAUGCAUUACUUACUAUCUUUCCCCAACACUGCACACACGUUUAUUGUGAACGAAGCGCACAGUAUUUCAAUGUUUUGUAGAAAGCGAUGAUCUCAGAGAAUGUGGAUCGACACACAUCAUUAUUCUUCCUCAAUGGUUUUGCGCUCUGCUGUUGAUAUGACCUCACUUCACUUUACUCCUGAUUUGAUGACUUUUUUUACCUGUGGCGCCUCUUUAUCACUACUGAUUUUGCUUUAUGUAAGAUAUUUCACACUUACUGGAUCAUGGAAAACUGACUUUUUCGUUUUUAAAGUAGCCAACUUGUGCCUUCGUGUAAUUAUUCAUUCAAUAAAGUGUAUAAUUUUAAUAAAAAUAAAAAUAUUUGA